CAGGAGGCCAGCUCUCCUGCUGUCCACCAUGGACAACACAGAUGUGGAACAGGUGACCCUGGCUCUGCUGGACGCGGCCAACGAUAAAGCCUCCGACGUCCAGGAGCAGGUCAGAAAGUCCAUGCUAACCCUGGGGAAGCAGCAGCCAGACCGCGUCUUAGCCAUGUGUCAGGACUACCUCCUCAAACAUCCGAAGUUGGUUGUAAGCCACAGAGUUGUGAUUCUUCAGACGAUCGAGCUGAUUGUCAGCUGCAGAAUAGAGGAGAUCAGUUCCCCCAAAAUAAAGAGCAUCAUCUCCCUGGCUUCAGACGAGAUGACGCGAUCGAAGGAGGUCGUCCCUGAUUGGCAGCAGGCAGCCAGCAAUAUAUUGGUAGCUGUGGGUAACAAGCACAUUAAUGACAUCAUGGAGGAGAUAUUAAGCAAGUUCCAGCCAGGGGUCCUGCCUCACUUUUUUGUGGUCCAAACAUUAGCCAACCUCUCUCAUUCCAACGUUUAUGGCAUGGUUCCCUUCCUAAAUGCUAUUCUGGGCACCAUGCUGCCCAUGCUCAACAUGGCCAAACAAGACAACAUGAAGUGGGUCUUCUCUUCUGCUCUGUGUCAUUUUAGUGACAGCAUCUUGGAGUACCUGGCCAACCUGGACAAGGCUCCAGAUCCCACAGUCAGGAAAGACACGUUUUCCGGCGAAAUCUCAGCUGCUUUUGACAUUCUCUUCAAUAACUGGCUACAAAGCAGGGAGUCUAAGUUGAGGCUAACUGUGGCUGAGGCCGUGGGCUCUAUGUGCCAUCUGAUGGCCAGGGACAAACUGGAGGAGCAACUUCCCAAACUCAUCCCUGCCAUUGUGUCCCUGUACAAGAAAAACAGCGAGCACUACAUGAUAAGCAAGAGUCUGUGCCAAGUGCUUGAUGCAUCCGUCAACAUGGGCAGCAGGGUGUUGGAGACACAACUGGACGCUCUGCUCUUUGUGCUCCAUCAACAGGUGUCUGCUCCUGUUGAUUACAGUAAUCCUCCCACCAUCAAGAACCACAACGAGGUCCUGCGCUGCUUCAGUUUGCUAGCUAACUGCUUCCCCGACCGACUGGUUAUAUUUGUUAUUCAGAAGUUGGAAAACACUAAUGAGCGGAGCAGGAUGGGAUCUCUGGCUGUCCUUCGCCACCUCAUCAACUCCACCACUUCCACGAUGGAAAGUAAGAAGCUGCCUAUUCUGUCAAGCAUCAGACAACCGAUGGCAGACCACAGCAACAAGGUGAAGAAGCGAGUGGUCCAGGUGAUCAGCGCCAUGGCUCAUCAUGGCUACCUGGAGUUAGAAGGAGGGGAGUUAUUGGUUCGAUUCAUAGUUCAACAUUGUGCAUUACCGGACACAUAUCAGCGAGGCCAAAGGCCGCCUGAUCCAGAGGAGGUGACUAAUGAAUCACUGAGGACAAUGUGUGACAGCACGCUUCAUCUCCUGACCACUACUGUUGGACGGCUUGAAGACGUGCUGUGGCCUAAGCUGCUGUACUACCUGACCCCUUCACAGUACAGCAAUGCGACGUCUCCCCUUUGUAAGAGUCUGAUUGUGCUGGGCAGCAAGAAGAAAACCAACAAUGAGCCCAGCUUUAAAAUCAACUUUACACAGGAAGUCAACCUGCCCUCUCCUCAAACGCUAAUGAUCAGACUGCUGAUGAAUGCAGCGUUCCCAUUCAAAAGCAGAGGUCACGGCGCUCCAUCGCUCUCACUGCUUCAGGUCCUCAGCAUAAAUAUUCACCCAAAUACAGAGAUUCUGUGGGAUCAAGAAAUACCUCCUCUCUUGUCUAUACUCGAAGAGUCAAGUGCAGAGAGUCUGGAUAAGAAGCUCUGGGAUGAAAAGAUGCUGAAGUUCCUGUCUAAAACCGUGGCUACUAUUGAUGAUGACAAGUGGUCAUGUCAGCUGGCCGCUGAGGCAACGCGCUAUCUCUCCAACUACAAUAACGCCUUAGAGGAGAAGAGUUUUCUAUAUCGGUACAUAGGAGUGAUUCUCCAACAGUGUUUCAAUAAGGAGGUGGUUAAAAAACAACUGCAGGAAGUCCUUCUCACUGCGUGUCAUCUUGAUGCUAUGGAAAGAGAGGGAGUUGCAAUGGGUGUUGGCCUUUGUGCCAACAGCCACUUGGAGGGAACUCUAGCCAAGCUGGAGGAGUUUGGAAAAUCAGAUGCCUUCAAGAAGUCACCAAGCAUCUUCAACCUGCUCAAAGAACGUAAUGAUGUUGAGGUAGAGAAGGUGAAAAGCACAUUGAUCCUGUGUUAUGGACACGUAGCUCUGAACGCGCCACCAGAGAAGAUACUGAGCCGCAUUGAUCAAGACAUCCUGAGCUGCAUCAGUAAACACUUUAAUACCAAGGUUCUGGGAAUAAAAGUAGAGACAAAGGACCUGACUAUGAAGCUGAGUUUGAUCCAGAGCGUUGGCCUCGUGGGCAAAGCUAUCAGCGAGUGUGUGAAAAAGCAAGGCUACAUCUUCUCUCGCAAGCAGGAGCUCAUUAAUGUCAUGCUGGAUUUUAUCAAGGCAGAGCCAGCUGAUUCAAUGAGGACGCCAGUACGCCACCUUGUGAUGACAACUUGUGCCAACCUAAUGCCACUGGAUCCUGCACUGACUGAGAAUGAGAGCUUUGACCUGCUAAAGGUGUGUGUGAACGGUGUGUUCUCGCUGCCACCUGAAACACAAAGUCCAGAGAAAAUUAAAGAUGAGGAGAUACUGGACCCCAAGCAGAGAAAGGUGCUGUACAAAGACACGCUGGCUGCUCUACAGGAGCUGAUGAAGAGUAUCCUGGCCAGGGAUCCCACACCUGAUGGUCUGCAGAGUGUCUUCAAGCAUGUUGAAUCGUGGUUGAGUUCCACACAAGAGCACGAGAGAGAGCGAGCAGUCAGUGCUACUGCUAACAUGCUGGCUUACUACCUGGAUAACCUCACUGUUAAGAACAUGGUGUCUUUCCACAACCUAGGAGCCAUGCUUGGGCGACUGUCUCCGCGAUGUUCCGACCCUCACCCUGUUGUACGCACUGCUGCCGUUGACUGCAUAUACACCCUGCUUUAUAUACAGCUCCGAUAUGAAGGCUUCUCUCUUGAUUAUAGGGAUGACGCUGUGGACGGUCUGCUGGCCCUAAAAGACAAGCUAGAAAACCCUGACCACUCAGUUCUCUAUAAGACCUGCUCUGACCUUACCAAGGUGAUGAGUAAGCGUCUGCCUCAGCAGCAGCUGACGACGAUGGUGUUCAUGUUGUUUGAAGGGCUGGUUGACGGCCAGACAAACUGCUGCAGAGCCUCAUCUGUCAUCCUUAAUACGCUGCUGAAGAACAGAGGAGGGGGUCUUCAGGAGCUGGUCCCAGAGAUGCUGGAAGUGCUGCAUGUGCGUCUGCAGAACAUCACAGAGGAGCAGGUGAGAGUGGCAGUAGGACAGACUGUACUAAUCCUUGCCUCUCAGCAUCUACAGACUGUUAUUAAUACGCUAGUUAACCAACCACUUCCUUAUGACAGUUGGACCAGUGAAAUGUGGAUGGCUUUGGGAGCUGAUCCCAUCGUAGCCAAACAGAUUAUUGAGAUGGUGAUGGAGAAGCUUGCCAUCAUGGCUCCCUACGUAGACAGGAAGGAGUCGAUGAUAAGAGGAGGAACAACCAAAGUGGCCACAAAUCAGUCCCUGGCUAUGACAUGUGGUCUCAAAGAGCUGCUCUUGAAUGGCCAGAGUCAGGAGCCAGCCGUCAGUCUGUUCCCUCAGCUCUUCUCCUGUCUCACCGUCAGACUGGGAGCCAGCGUUGGCGUCCUAGCACCCAAAGACAGCGUCACCAAACAGACUGCUAGUGUCCAUGUGGCAGGGGUAGCAGCUGAUGCACUGAGAAUCCUACUGGCAAGAGCCCAGUUAGACGAGGUGUUAAAAAAACUGGAUGAGGAUAAAGCCUGGGAUGCAAUGAGGGAACCAAAUACACACAUUACUGGAGUUACACUACUUGCGAGGGCGAUGGCCAAACACGCUGGUCCCAGGUUACCGGCCAUUGUAGAGUGUCUGUGUCCAUCGUUAAACAACAUUUAUGAAUGUCAGAGAAUCACUGUCACUGCUUUCUUCUCUGAGCUGUUAAAUCAUCAUGUGGUGACAGAGUUAAUGCUGAUAGAUGUGUUAAUGAACAACAUGAUGGAGAGGAUAUCAGAUUCCUGCUGCACUGUCCGUAUGUUGGCGGUGCGAGGGCUGGGCAACAUAGCAGUGGGAUCCCCUGAAAAGGUGAACAAAUAUGCCAAGGAGCUUUUGGCAGCCAUGAGUUCUGGUAUGGAGGAGAAGGAUGACCCAGGUAAGCUGAUUACUCUUGAGGCCAUGUCAGGUCUGUCUAAAGUUCUGCUCUACCUGGACAAGAAGAAUGUCCACUUACUGGUUGUCUACAUCUUUAUGAAGAUUAAACCAUUCUUGGAAAGUGAGAAUGACGACAUCCGCUGUGCUUCCAUCCAUCUCAUGGGAAACCUGUCCAACUUUGGCUCAGGAGAGGCAGUGUUCAAAGACCAGAUCCACAGCGUUCUGGUCAGCCUGCUGUUACACUUAGCUGACCCGAACCCUCAGGUGGUUAAGGCUUGCAAGUAUGCGAUGCACGUGUGUGCUCCUGUGGUGGGAUCAGAGCAGAUCACUGCCAUGUUUCAGAACCACUUGCACGAGGACAAGAGCUUGCACUUUGGCGAGUUCAUCAAUGACCUUACAAAGUACCUGAUCCAGGACUUUCCAGGCAUGUUGAACUUCUACCACAUAGCAGUCAUUCAGUUCUUUAAGAGCAACUGGCCUGAGAUCAGAGCAGGAGCUGCCAUGUUUAUAGGGUUUUUGAUCGGGAAUCUUCCAGAAGAGCAUCUCUCCCACCUCAACAUGGCUAUUAUCACUAAAGGUUUAGUGACGCUGCUUCAGGAUCCUGAUCCUGUGGUGAGAGUGAAGGCUGCUGAGGCCAUGGGACGUUUCCACUGACACAUGGACGUCUUACACAUAAAUAUCAGUGUUUCCCAUCAGUCAUAGUACAGUAUGUCACAGCUACAUUAAUGACAAACAUUCAUGAUUUGGAUCCAUGUUUAUAAAAACACAAGGAGCCCAACAUUUUAAAGUGUGAUUCAGAAAUAUUUCAAAUGUUACUGCAUCACCUGUUGAGCCACAACAAGGACCAAAACAAGAAUAAGUUUGGAGCCAGAAGACAAACUGUGUUGUAAAUCAUUUUAACAUACUGAUAAUUCACAUACAGUACAAACACACGCACAUUUACCACUAGCAGCUUUGAUUAGCUUUGAUUUUUGUACACUUGAUUACGGUACUUGAAAAGAAGCGUUAAUUCUUUACUGUGUGUGAGUGACCAAAGACUGUUGCUCUGUUAGCGAAACAACACCAGAUAAUACUUAAAUAAAUGUGGUUAAACUUAGCAACAGGUUUUUAGAGUAGUAGUAAUAAUAAUAAAUUAUUCAAAUACGUGGAAAUCAUAACAUCGGAAAUACGACUGUAGUAUUUCAUAUAAUUUAACUCUGGGUAAUGUAAUGUAACUCCUAAAGUAAGACUGACUGUGUGUGUGUGUGUGUGUGUGUGUGUGUGUGUGUGUGUGUGUGUGUGUGUGUGUGUGUGUGUGUGUGUGUGUGUGUGUGUGUGUGUGUGUGUCUUUGUACCAGCAUUUUGUCAGUGGUUGUUAGUUUGAGUUAUUAAUCUCUAGUUUAGAGAGACAGUCUUUACCUCUGACCAACCGUCCUGCUGCUCAGCUGCAUUCCAGAUCCAGUCAGAAGCAUGUAUAUUAGAUGUACAGUAGGAAAAUUUGGCUAAAGGAAAAAUAAAUUUAAUGAUCAGUGCACAGGAGCUACGGCAGGACGUUAAGUUAGCUGUGUCUCGAAUAUGUCUUCAAAAGAAAAUGGCUGCAGCAUGGUUUAUUUCAGCACCUCUACUUUACUCAGACCACUCAGCAAUAACAACCUCUUAAUCUCUAUCACAGCAGAACGUGAGAGUACUGGAGCUAUUGUAACCCAUUAACGGAACCUUUUAACCUGUAAAGGACCUUUAGUUGUCUAUAGAAGAACACAUGGGACUAGCCUGCAAGCUUUUUGUUGACCACUGCCCCUGCUAGGAUUAAACGUCUCCAAAAACACCAUUUGUGCUGUAAAAUGACCAUUUUCACUGAGCAAUCAACAAAUCAGACCUCUAACCCUGACCCAGCAGCCCAGUCACCGUUCACGCAGAGUUGAUACCUUCAUUUUACUUCAUGCGGUAUAUUGACACCAAGUCCUGAAACAGCCAGUUCCAGUCAAAUUAAACUAGCCAUGCAGUUGAUGCCAAAUCACAUAUUUAGUUUUAGUAGACGUGGUGGCCACUUUAUUAGGUACCCCUGUGCCCCUGGGGCUGCUCAUCCUCUGCCAAUACAGAGAUGAUAUGCUUGUAUUGUGUCAGAGCAGCUGCAUUGAAUUGCGUUAGAUUGCACAUGUGUGGAUUUGUCCAGUAGAGACUAAUGAAGUAUUCUGUGCAUCCCUUUUUGUUUAAUUAAAUGUGAGUAUGCAGGUUUUGAAUCUUAACAUUCUUAACACCUUCUGGCAGAAGGUCAAAGGUUUUUCUUGUUCUUGGUGAUUAUAGAAUCUGACAUUAGGGGUGUAAAUGAAAUGUUCUUAAAUCUAUGACUGCUCUUGGAUCUGUAUUUGUUGUAUCAGAUGUUCUACAGUACAUACAGUCAUUCUCUAGCACUUUCUAACACUGUGUCUUGGUUUAGGGUGAAUUGAAAAUUCUUAAUUUUUAAGGAUGUUAUGAGCUUUGUAUGAUUGACAUAAUUCUUCAUGUCAUCUUUGCCUGUUUUUUAUGUUGUUAAUGAAUGUUUCAGUGUGUGGAGGCACAGUUUGAAGCAUUUGAAAUGCUUGGGUGGAGGAAUGCGUUGGUGUGAAUGCGUACAUGUCACUUUUCAUUUGUUACUGGAGCAGAAGAGUGAAUAAUGGCAAUCAUUGUAUUUAAAAUAAAGAAAUAAAAAAAAUUGGUUAAAAGAAAA